GAUUAUCGAAAAAUUAACACUAGUUAAUAAUAAUGAUCAUUUCAAAAGAUUUAUUUAUUUUUGGUGAGCACAUUUUUGGUACAUUUAUACCAGAAGUUGGGAACUCAGCAACGUCAUCAUCAUCAUCAUCAUCAUCAUCAUCAUCAUCGGCGUCAUCAUCAUCGUCGCCAUCAUCUCCCUCAUCGCCAGCCUCGCAAGCAUCAUCAACAGCGUGCACUCCGGCCGCGGCAUCAUCGCCGGCAACGGGUAACGGCAAACGGGUUGGGUCUCAAUUAAAAAAUGUUAACAAUUGCAAUUGUUAUCAUCGCUGUCUUCAUCGUGACAAUUUAACGUUAAAUAAUGCUGCCUCCGCCGCAACAACAAGAAUGGAAAAUGUUGACAAACAGGAUUUACAAUCAACAAAAUCAUUGCCGUCAAUUAAGGGACAAAUACAAAUUAAGCGUGAAAUCUCUUCUAAUGCUAAAGUAACUGCUGUUAAGAAAAAAGGCCAAAAGCAAAAUGGGUCGACAAAUUUGAAUUUUGUCCCAACAUCAAAUGAUUUGUUUCCGGCUGGCGAGGAGUCUGCGGGAAAUGCAGAGGAUAAUAAUAAGACAUUAAUGCUUAAUGCUGAAAAUCUGAAUGGACAUAAGAAAUCUCCAAAGCCACACUACACUGCUAAGCAUUCAUCUUUGAUUUCGCUAGAGAACAAUGCUAAGGAAAAGAAAUUAAAAUCGCCUAAUAUUAGAAAAGAUUUGAUACCGCAUUCAGUGAAAUAUCACUCGCUUGAAUUGUCAACAAUUACAGAUGCUGGUGCUGUUGCUGUCGGUUGUUGCGACUCCUCAUCCAACAAUAUUUGCAAAGUUAAAAUGGACAGUAAUUCAAGAGGUGAAAGUAUAACGGUAACUAUACCGUUUAUAACAGAUUCGCCGCGCACUUUGCAGUUAUCAUUUCAGGAUGUCACUAUAUUGCAUCAGGAACGCAAAAUACUAAACGAUGUUAGCGGCACGGUCAGCCCUGGUGAAGUUUUGGCCAUUAUGGGUCCUUCAGGCAGCGGUAAGACUACCUUACUAGAUUGUUUGAGCGGACAACGUCACAUAGAUAGCGGUGCUAUAUUUUUAAACCGUGAGCCGUUAUCAAAAAAGUGGAGGAGAAAGAUAUGUUAUGUUCUCCAGGAGGAAAUUUUUUUUUCUGGCCUUACACUCCGAGAAACUGUUUGGUAUACGGCAUUAUUGCGUCUCCCUGAGAAAAUGCCCAAAUCUCAGAAAAUCACUUUAGUUGAUGGCAUUUUAGAAGCAUUGGAUUUGACAUUUUGUCAGCAUACGAAAUUCGGUGAUUACAUGAAUCGAGGCUUAUCCGGCGGUGAGAAGAAACGGGCCAAUAUUGCUUGCGAAUUGCUUACAAAUCCUCUACUAAUGCUCUUAGAUGAGCCCACAUCUGGACUAGACAGUCAUUCUGCAAUAUCGUUAAUGAAAGUCCUCAAACGUUACGCGUUACAAGAGCUUAAAACUGUUGUGAUAACCGUUCAUCAACCUUCGUCUCAGAUGUUUCACAUGUUCGAUAAGUUAUUGUUGCUUUACAAUGGCGACAUGGCGUAUUUCGGUGAGGUGAAUAGCAUUUAUAGAUAUUUUGAAGAUAUUGGUGUGGUUAUUGAACCACAUUACAAUCCCGCCGAAUUUGUAUUGGAACAGUUAAAAUCUCAUCCAGAUGUGCGAGAGAAAUUAUUUAUAGCAGCACGAGAAUCUCAUGGGAAUUUUUUAAAUCGCAAUUGUAUCGCAUGCUCAAAUCAUAAGAAAAAUGCUUUUAAUAAUAAUAAAAUGAUACAGAAUGAUUCGGCAGGAAUGGCAAUUGAAAAGAGCGGCAGACAACAUGAUGCCCUAAUUAAUGAUAUUAUUAAUAAUUAUUAUAAAGAUCAACAGCAGCAUGUCGAUCAUCAUGUGUUAAUGAAUCAGAGUCCAUGCGAAGAAGCAACCGAGCAAUUGUGGUGUGGCGGUGAUUCUCAAUCAAAUUUUAGUUCUCUAUCGAGCGACAGUCAUAGUUGCGAUUGGCUAGAUUAUCCUACAAGAUUUUGUGCACAAUUUUGUGUGCUAUCCAAUCGCAAUUUCAAAGAGGCCAAAUCGCGAAUGCUUUCCAAGCUAAAUUGGUUUCAAACAGUUGGUUUAGCGUUAAUGGCUGGUGCUAUUUGGUUUAACAUUCCACGCACCGAAGAAUACCUACACGAUUUACAAGGCUGGAUGUUCUUUUCGCAAACCUACUGGAUGCUGUUUGCCCUUUUCGGAGCAUUAAAUUCAUUUCCAUCAGAGCGUGAAGUUAUCAAUAAAGAAAGACGUUCAGGAUCCUACAGGUUAUCCGCUUAUUAUUUGGCGAAAAUGUUUGGUGAAUUGCCUUUAGUUGUAACAUUACCGACUGUUUAUCUCACAAUAUCGUAUCCAAUGUUGGGAUGUUCCAGUUUGAAGCUAUUCUCUUUGAUGUUGAUUUUUUUAUUACUCAACACCAUAGUGGCUCAGAGUGUAGGAUUUUUUAUAGGAGCAUGUUGUAUGGAUAUGAAUGUCAGCAUAACAUUGAGUGCACUAUACACACUGGCUACGCAGUUAUUUGGCGGUUAUUUAACUACGCGUAUACCUGAAUAUCUUAACUGGAUUCGGUACACAUCGAUGAUACACUAUGCCUAUCAAAAUAUGCAAAUAUUAGAAUUUCGUGAAGGUCGACCGAUUGAAUGCAGUUAUCCAAGCAGUUAUGAGGUUUGUAAAAACAAUGCUACCGCAUUUAUAUCGUAUAAGGAGAUUUUAAAGGCGCAAAAUUCGACAUCACCGCUUUGGGUAAAUACUCUCGUAUUGAUGAUGUUUUUUCUGGUUUUUCGUGGUCUCGGUUAUGCAGUAUUACGUUAUAUACGUUGUCCUAAGACAUGAUUCAAAAAUUGAUGACUUCUGUAUAUUAUAGAUUGCAAGUCAUACAAAAACACAAAU